AUGAUCUUGAAGGAGAUGGUGGUGAAACCAAUAGAAGAUAUAGUAGUGACAAAUACAUGUCCAAAGGUUGCAGGUGCUGUGGAAAGGAAGCCAAGGCCACAGAAAGAACAAGCUCUCAACUGUCCGAGGUGCCAUUCAAUUAACACCAAGUUCUGCUACUACAACAACUAUAGCCUCACACAGCCUCGCUAUUUCUGCAAGACUUGUAGAAGGUAUUGGACUGAAGGUGGAUCCCUCAGAAACAUCCCUGUAGGAGGUGGUUCCAGGAAGAACAAGAGAUCUUCUGCUUUUGGUUCCACUCCUAACAGCAAUUCACCCGUCAAGAAGCUUCCUGAUCAGGUCAUCACACCUCCAUCUUUGUCACACUCCCAAAACCCUAAGAAUAAUAAUAUUCAUCAAGGCCAAGAUCUCAAUCUGGCUUUCCCCGCCACCACCCCAGAUUUCAGAAACAUCUCUGAAUUUGUUCGAGAAAACAACAACAAUAGUGGCAACAGCAUGUCUGCUUCGGCCUCUUCUUCUUCAACUACUACUACCACCACACCCACAACUUCUCACCUUUCUGCAUUGGAGCUUCUUACUGGGAUCACAUCAACUUCCACUGGCUUGAAUUCUUUCAUGCCUGUGCCAGUUCCAGCUGAUCCAAAUUCUGUCUAUACUUGUGGUUUUCCUCUGCAGGAUUUCAAGCCUAGCUUGAAUUUCUCUUUAGACGGAAUUGGACACGGGUACGCGAGCCUGCAUAAUGUUCAAAGUGGGAGGCUCUUGUUUCCAUUUGAGGACUUAAAACAGGUUUCCACCACCACCACAAUGGAUCAGAAGCAACAAGGAGAUUCAACUGGGUAUUGGACUGGAAUGUUAGGCGGAGGAUCAUGGUAA